CGUACGCACAAAAUCCCCCUAAAACCCCAAAAAUCUCCAGACAAGAAUUUGCAUUUUUAACUUUUUUAGUCCUUAUGUGGAAUGGGGGUGUAAAGAUAAAUGUAACAAAACUGCCAUUUUUAGUUUUUACUGAGAAGAAAAGGUCACAAGAUACUUUUGCACACUUUUAAACUCAAUUCUGUAAUAAUUGCAAAGAAUAUUUUUUUAAUUCUACUUUUUCCCCACUGAAUUAUUUAACACUCAAUUCCCACCUCCCCUUUCUCUCUCUCUCUCUCUCUCUCUCAAGUCUCUCUUCAGCUCUUCAUUUCAUACUCCAAAAAUAUUCACUGCCCAUCUCCAUAGAUUCAGCAAAAAAACUACUCUACAGAUCCAUUCACAUUGGUACAUUUCAACCCCACCCCACGAAGAAGAACCCUAAAACCAUCUUUUCUGUUUUCUCUCUCUUUCUUUUCCUCUGUCAGCAUUUGGCAAUUUUGGUUGGUACUUUUUUGUAGUAUUCCUUCUUAACUACAGUUUGUACUUGCUUGUUUCUCUUUCUUUUGUUUUGGGCUUCUCUGUACCUAAUUAGAACAGAUCAUUUAUACGUUUGUUUACUCAAAGCACAACCAAUAUACCACCAAAAAAACAAAAACAAAGGUACAGGGCAGCCUGCAAUCAAUCAUAUAGGUUGGUUGGCACUUGGCUUUGGCUGCUGCUCAUUUUUAUCUUUGUGUUAGGUGGCUUUAGUGGGCGCUGUUUAUGUCUUAAAGCUAAAGGUCUUUUGGGAGUUAAGGAAGAGGAAGGUUCAGAUCUGUUAUACCAAGUGAUAGAUAAUGGGAUUAUACAAAUGCCCUUUUACUCAUCAUUGUUGUUCUUGUUAUUAUUGUAAGUUUUAGUUUGACUAAGAAUAGAGAGAGAGAGAGAGAGACAGCUAGAUUUGGAGGGAAAAAAAAGAGGGAAAACUAAAAAAGAGGAAGUAAAAAGGGCCAAGAACCUUGUAAAACUGGUCAAAAGAAUCUUUCUGUUUAGUCGGUUUUUGGUUGUGAGAAGCUUUUGAAGUUCUUGAAUUGAAGUGCUUUUGCCUGUUUCUGCAAAAGGCCUGGUUUUGAUUGAACUAGCUUUGAAGGGGAAAAAAAAAAGAUAAAGAAAGAGUCUUUGAGUAGUUUAUGCAAGAGAUGUUGGCAUUUGGAAGUCCUCGCGCCGACAGUGGGAAGACAAGCAUCAGUUCUUGCCAUGUUAUGCUCAAAGAACUUCAGCAAUUAUGGACGGAUAUCGGCGAGAAUGAAACAGAUAAGGACCGAAUGCUGACGGAACUGGAGAGAGAGUGCUUAGAAGUUUACAGAAGAAAAGUUGAUGAGGUUGCCAACUGCAAGGCACGCCUUCAUCAAUCUGUUGCAGCUAAGGAAGCCGAGCUUGCGACCCUUAUGGCUUGUCUUGGUGAAAUGAGUGUAAACUCUCCGAUCCAGUUGGAGAAGCGGUCAUCUUUGAAAGAGCAGCUUGCCUAUAUUACACCACUAGUUGAGGAUCUGAAGCUAAAGAAAGAGGAACGGUCCAAACAGUUUGCUGAAAUUAAAGUUCAAAUUGAUAAGAUCACGCUCGAGAUUUCUGGAUGUGGCCAUAUUAUCAAUUCAAUGAAUUCCAUGAAUCUGGAAGAGCAGGACCUUUCACUGAGAAAGCUCUCAGAAUAUCAAACAAAUCUGCGUGCUCUUCAAAAGGAGAAGUCUGAACGCCUUAAAAAGGUUUUGGAGUUUGUUAAUGAGGUGCACUCUUUAUGUGGUGUGCUUGGCUUGGAUUUUGGCAAAACUGUCAGUGAAGUCCAUCCAAGUCUACAUGGAAGCAUUCUGGAACAAUCUACUAAUAUUAGUGAUGCCACAUUAGAAGGCCUAGAACAAACCAUCCUUAGACUGAAAACAGAGAGAAAAGUCAGACUUCAGAAGCUAAAAGAUGUUGCUGCAUCAUUGUUUGAACUAUGGAGUUUGAUGGAUACUACAAAGCAAGAGCAAGUUACCUUCUCAGGAAUAACUUUGAUUGUUAAUUCAGCAGAAUCAGAUAUUGUGGAACCAGGGGCUCUGUCACUGGAUGUUAUUCAGCAGAUAUCGGGUGAAGUUGAGAGGCUUACUACAUUGAAAGCGAGUAGGAUGAAAGAGCUGGUCUUGAAAAGGAGGCAGGAGUUAGAGGAUAUUUGCAGUCAAACCCAUAUUCAACCCGAUUCAAGCACUGCUGCUGAUAAAGCGAAUGCUAUGAUUGAUUCCGGUCUUUUAGAUCCCAGUGAACUAUUAGCCAACAUUGAAACACAGAUUAGCAAAGCUAAAGAAGAAGCUUUUAGCCGCAAAGAAAUUAUGGACAGGAUUGAAAGGUGGCUUUCUGCAUGUGAGGAAGAAAACUGGCUUGAAGAUUACAAUCGAGAUAACAACCGGUAUAGUGCUGGAAGAGGUGCUCAUAUAAACCUGAAGCGUGCAGAACGAGCAAGAAUUAUGGUCAAUAAGAUUCCAGUUAUGGUUGAUGGUCUCAUUAGCAAGACCCUGGCUUGGGAAGAUGAGAAGAGGAAGUUGUUUCUAUAUGAUGGGGUGCGCCUGGUGUCGAUAUUGGAGGAUUACAAACUAACUAGACUACAGAAAGAGGAGGAAAAAAGGCGAGCUCGGGAUCAAAAGAAACUCCACGAUAUGUUACUUACGGAGAAAGAAGCCAUGUAUGGUUCUAAGCCUAGCCCAAGAAGAAACAACAGUCUCAGAAAAACAAAUAGCUUUCGUGCUAAUGGUAAUGGCUCUAUGACUCCUACACCUCGACGAAGCUCAGUUGGAAGUGCUACUCCAGAACUCUUAACACCUCGCUCCUACUCUGGGCGGCAAAAUGGAUAUUUUAAGGAAAUGAGAAGGCUUUCCACUGCACCAUUGAACUUUGUCGCAAUACCUAAGGAAGACACCAUUUCCUUUUCAUCUGUUUGCGGUUCUGAGCCAGAAUCUCCACCUCAGAGCUAGAAUCCAGAUUUACUUUGGUAUGUGCUACAGACUUACAUUAGUUUAGUGCUAGGUCUGUUUAUAAUUUACUCGAAAUGUCAAUGCCUGUUUGUAAAUCAACAUGUCAAAUCCUACUUCUGUCCUACGUUUAGAAUCCUUUCACGUGUUUUUGAUAAGUUCCAUUUCAUGUCAAAGAAAGUCACUCUAAAUUCUGGAACUUAAUGGCUCCGGAACUUUAUAAUGAAAAUAUAUUUACCAUGUUUUGCAGAUUGUUGCGAUCUAGUAUGACUCGCUUUGGGAAAGAAGAGUAGCUGAAAUCUUGUGAAUAUGGAUGACUAUGUAUGCUUGUGAAGUUUACGUAAAAAAGGUGGCUGACAUUUCAAAUUUGUUGUGGAUGAUGGAUCCCAAUCAAUUGGUGGCUCGAAGCUGUCUUAGUGGUAGGCUGUUGUGGAUAUACUAGGUCAAAAUUUAGAUCUGCCCUGUUGGGAUAGGAGAUACUGAUUAAUCCUGCUCUCAUGUUUUUCCAUCUUUCCAUCUGAAUGUAUAUAUAGUCAGCCUGAUGUGCAUGAUUUGAAGUAGAGGCUUUUAUUGUUGUUGGGCAACAGCCGUUGUAGCAUUUCUAUAAUAUGUUAGGAAACGUUUUGAGAUGUCAGAUACUAGAUCCUAGUGAAAAGUCUGCCGUUUAUGGUAAUGAUAUUGGUUACAAGUAGCCGUAGAAGUCUUUUUUCUUGCUCUUGCCUGAUAAUUUUUAGUUUGCUACAAUUACAGAGUGGUGAACCACUCUCAUCAGUACAAACAAAAUUCCUUAUGGAGAAUGAAUUCACUACUGAAA